GCCUCUGAUAAGGAGCUAUACACAGUGAGCGUUUUCGCUUCAGCAGCGCUUCAGCGUUAGUAUUUUCAGUGUUUUCGAAUUACCUAGCUAGCUAGUUUACGAGAAGCCAGUUAAUUUUUAUUAUACAGACCUAAGGUUUUUUUGUUUUUUUCAGCUCUAUGGUUUUCAUUUUGCAGAGUUAGAGGAACGAACAAACCGCAGUCAGUCGGCUAAAUACAGUGCUAGCUAUCAAGGCUAGCCCUAAAGCCGUUUAAAUAUGGAGGACUACAACAGGCCGUCGUCGUAUCUGGAUGAACCCCCAAAUAGUCGGCUGUUCCUCGUUACCAGUAAAUCCAUCACUGAAGACAUAAUCAGGGAGCAUUUUUCUCCUUUUGGCGAAAUCCAAGAUAUAUGGGUUGUGAAAGACAAACAGACAAAAGAGUCGAAAGGAGUGUCUUUUGUGAAAUUUGCCAAGUCCUCUCAGGCGUGCACUGCCAUGGAAGAAAUGCACGGCAGAUGCCUCGCUGAAGGAACCAAACCCAUUAAGGUGUUCAUUGCUCAGUCCAGGUCUUCUGGGAGCCAUAGAGAUGUGGAGGACGAAGAGCUAACAAGAAUCUUUGUGAUGAUUCCAAAAACCUUCACUGAGGAGGAUCUGAAGGAGACUUUCAAGACCUAUGGAGAUAUAGAGUAUGCUAUUAUCAUAAAAAAUAAAACUACAGGGGAGAGUAAAGGCUUGGGCUACGUCAGGUAUCACAAACCCUCCCAGGCUGCUACUGCAAUAGAAAACUGUGACAAAACAUUCAGAGCCAUACUUGCUGAACCAAGGACAAAAAAUGCACCAGCAGAGAAUGAGUGUUUCGGCAACUCAAGAUCAGAUCAUGCAGCGAGUGAGCCAUGCUUAAGUGGCUAUCCUUUUGGUGCAGAGUCGAGUAGCUACACUGCUGGAGAUGUGUGGAACUCUGACUUGAUCACAAGGUGCCUGAUGGUGUCGUCACGAGCAGCCAUUACACAAGAACAGGUGUUUGGCCUGUUUGAUUUGAUUCCUGGGAUGGACUACUGUGAAAUGCAAAGAGACCAGUAUGGUUUCAGCAAAGGACAAGCUAUGAUUCGGUACAAUAAUCUAGGAUCAGCAGUGUAUGCUAAAGAGAAGCUGAAUGGUUUUGAAUAUCCACCUGGAAACAGACUGUCUGUUACGUACAUUGAUGAUGGAGAGGACAGGACCAGCCCAGUAGGAAAGAUGGCCAUGCAGUUGGUGGCAGCUCAGAUGAUGUCUAUGGUGUGGAAUGGCCCCUCUGGACCUCAGCUAAUGAAGACCACUGCAGGCUAUGCAGCACCAUCAGUGCCCCAGAAGCCUCGUGUGCAGACGGAGGUUGUCCUCCCCUCUCAUAAGAAACUGGCUCCUCCUGACAGUGUGGUGAAAGAAAGGCUGUUUGUUAUCUUCAACCCCGCACCACUGCCAGUGGACAUCCUGGAAGAUGUGUUCUGUCGUUUUGGCUCUCUGUUGGAGGUGUACCUGGUCCCAGGUCGAAACGUUGGCUAUGUUAAGUAUGCAGACCGAAAGCAUGCAAGCGAUGCCAUGGCAGCACUGCAUGGGAAAGUGGUGAAUGGUGUGAAAAUGAAGGUCAUGCUCGCUGACCCGCCUAAAGAGGAAUCUCACAAACGGCAGAGAACCUACUGACCCUCUCAGCCUCCAUGUUGGCAAAUAGCCAUAGUCAAAGAGUUUUAAGUGACAUGACCCAUGACCUCGACAUGACUGGACGGAUUUUUACGAUGACGCGACCUCAUAGUUACGGACAGUGACUAUCAUACCAUAAUUUGUGAUGCUUUUGCUACGGGGACAAGUGCCAUGUCUCCUUAAAAGCAGUAUUUCUUUUUCCAUAUGUAUGUAUUGUGUUCCUUUGUGCGUUGUUAACUCUAAGGACUCUGAAGACGGAGCUUAACUUGACAGGCCCCACAUGGAGAACACCGAUAUUACAUUGUUGAACCCAUAUUCAUGUCUCUUGUAGAUGGUCUUACUCUUAAUAAAGAAGUUAAAAAGAACUCAAA